AUGGGUUCAUUCAUGUUGAUCAGAUGGGUUGCUUUGAGGGCUUGUUUCAUAGUUCUUGUGGUGGUGGAGCUUCACCCAGCUUUGGGAUGGAGAGAGAAUUUUUCAGCGGAUACUUUGGAAUGGAGAGAUGAUAAUAGUCCCCUAAGCGAUUUGCUCCGAGGUGGUGAAGAUGAUAGUCCGCCUGUUUGGGAGGGAUUAUGCAAAGCUUCCGUCAUUCCACAUGGUUAUAAAUGCGAGGAGUUUCAUGUAACAGUUAAAGAUGGAUACAUUUUGGGGCUUCAGAGGAUCCCAGAGGGUCUUUCAAGUAGUGGUGUUGCAAAGAAUAAGCCACCUGUUCUACUACAGCAUGGUGUAUUGGUGGAUGGGAUGUCAUGGCUGUUGGGCCCUCCUAAAGAUUCCUUGGUGUUUGCAUUAGCUGAUAGUGGGUUUGACGUAUGGAUCUCUAAUACAAGAGGGACUAGAUUUAGCAAGGGACAUGUAUCUCUUGAUGAAAGCCGACCGGAAUAUUGGAAUUGGUCGUGGGAUGAGGUCGCCGAGAAUGAUCUUCCUGAUAUAAUUGACUUCGUAUACAAUCAAACAGGCGAUAAGCUCCAUUAUAUUGGCCACUCUAUGGGAACAACUACUGCAAUGGCGGCCUUAUCAGAAGGUUUGUUGGUGGACAAGUUGAGCUCAGUUUCCUUACUUUGUCCCGUGGGUUACUUGAACCGUAUGACCAGUGUUGCUGGCAUUCUUGCCUCCGAUGCCUUCAUAGGAGAGUUGGGCAGAUUGUUGGGCGUGACUAAUUUCGACCUAGGCAAAAUUCUAGCUAUCAUAAAGUUUUUGCCUCACGGGAAGUUUGUUGCUAUAUUACUCAACAGAGUAGCCAACCGUUUGGGGAUUAGUUUGGAUUCUUUAAAGGAUAAAUUAACCGGCAGUAAUUGUUGUCUCAACAUUGGUGCACUUGAUUCAAUGAUAAAUAAUGGGCUUCAACCAACCUCGAUGAAGAAUAUGGUGCAUUUUGCGCAAACAUUCAGAAGUGUUAAGGUGCGAAAGUAUGACUACGGGAUUCCUGAUGCGAACAUGAAGCAUUAUGGUAAACCAGAGGCACCGGAGUAUAACCUGAGAAAUAUACCGAAAAACCUACCGAUGUUCCUAAGCUUUGGCGGCAUAGACGAGCUCGCCGACGUGAACGACGUGAAGCAUUUACUUGAAGAUCUCAACACCCACGACAGAGACAAGAUCACAACCCAAUUCGUGGCUGAGUAUGCACAUCUGGAUUAUCUUUUUGCCGUUAAUGUCAAGGAGAAGAUCUACAAUCCCAUUAUCGACUUCAUUAAAGCUCACUCA